AUGACAGGGAAGGAGGGAGUCGUGCUUUCAGACACUGAGAAUAAACAGAAAUCACCUUCUGAAACUGGCGUGAACCACGGGGGAUCCCAGCAGCCGCCUCCAGUCUGGAAGAUGGCCCCAACGGUGCACCGGCGCACCGGCUUUGGGAUCCAGGAGCUGCUCGGCCUCAACAAGGAGCCGCCGGCGGCACCGAGGCGGCCGCUGGAGGCUCUACCGCACAGGGCGCACGUCCUGGCAGCAAGGUCGGCCCUCGGUCACGGUGGGCUCGGCGUCGGUAUGGGUUUGCUGGGACCAGAGGGAAUACACUCGUUUUAUACUCAGCCUGCUUUUCUGGAGGUGCUGUCGGAGGCGCAAAAUAUGCACCUGCAGCCGCUGCACAGGGCGGCGCACAUGGACGCGCAGAUGGAUGCACAGCACUCCGCCAGCUCCGACUCGGAUGAUAUGAGCCUCUCCUCCGGGGAUCAGAAAUUCUCAAAAUCAUCUAUGAGUCAGAGCAAGAAAAGAAAGAAACGACGACACAGAACCAUUUUUACUUCCUAUCAGCUGGAGGAGCUGGAGAAAGCUUUUAAUGAAGCUCACUAUCCUGACGUAUACGCCCGAGAAAUGCUCUCCAUGAAGACUGAGCUGCCAGAGGACAGAAUACAGGUGUGGUUUCAGAACCGCAGGGCCAAGUGGAGGAAAAGGGAGAAGUGUUGGGGUCGCAGCAGUGUGAUGGCAGAGUACGGCCUGUACGGAGCCAUGGUCCGUCACUCCAUCCCUCUGCCCGAGUCGAUCCUCAAGUCUGCUAAGGAUGGCAUCACAGACUCUUACGCUCCGUGGUUACUGGGUAUGCACAAGAAGUCAGUUGAAACCACACACAAUUCUCCAGCCAAACCCAGCAGUGCAACCCCAACACCACCGCAGGAGAAACCGGUGGACAAAGUAAUAGAGGAAGAGGAAGAGAAACUGAGGAAAGACAAUAACUCCCCAAUUUCUAGAGAGGAGCUAAGGGAGAACAGUAUUGCUGCACUGCGAGCGAAGGCGCAGGAGCACAGCGCCAAGAUGCUCGGGACAGUUUCAAACAGAACAAACGGUCACGUAACACAAAAAGUGGAAGCUAACGAUCAGAUGACAGUGCAGGAAACGGCAGAGGAGGAGAAGAGAAAGUGA